AGCUUCUGGUAAAAUUAUCGAUGGUUGCUCAGGCGGCUGCUUGUGGUAUUGGCCAGUGAUACCUGCUACCGCCCACGGGUGGUUUACGGUUUGAUAGUUGAGCAUGAUGAUUCAUGAGCAAACAUGAAGUGGCAAUUUUCAUUUUUGAUUUUUCCGAUUCCCAGAAUCAGAUCGUCUAAUCUUCUGGUUUUUGAUUUUAUCUCGAAGAUAUCACGUUGUAAACUUGUGUUGUAGUUUUUACAGAGUUGCUUUCAUCUUCAUUUGACGGUUUACGAGUUCUAUCGGUCUGCGUGGACCGUGGACGUGCUGGCUGUUGUGAACGUGGACCGUGGACGUGCUGGAUGUUGUGAUCGUCCUGACGAAGUCAAUGUGCUUUGGACAGGGUAAUUCGGGAGAGAGUGACAAGGUUGCCAAAACUACCAUGAGCGAGAUUCCAGCGGACGCCCCUGAGCACUGCCCCGGGACGUCGAGCGAGAGCGCGGGCAAGAGCUCGGCCUGCGCGGGCUGCCCCAACCAGAAGGUGUGCUCCUCGGGGGAGGCGCGCCAAGUCGACCCAGCGGUGCAGGAGAUCGGCGUCCGGCUGGCGCAGGUGCGCCACAAACUCGUCAUCCUCUCGGGCAAGGGCGGCGUCGGCAAGAGCACCCUCUCCACCUGCCUGGCCCGCGCCCUCGCGCGCCCCCGCACCCCCGCCGCCGGCCUGGGGGACGCGCAGAAACAGGUUGCGCUGCUGGACGUGGACGUCUGUGGACCGUCCGUACCGACGAUGCUCGGAUUGGCCGGCGAACAGGUUCACCAGAGCGGCUCGGGCUGGUCACCGGUGUACGCGGAUGUGAAUCUGGCGGUGAUGUCGAUCGGGUUCCUGCUGGGCGGCGGCGACGACGCCGUGAUCUGGCGCGGCCCGAAGAAGAACACGAUGAUCAAGAACUUCCUGCGCGACGUGGACUGGGGCCAGCUGGACUUCCUGCUGGUGGACACGCCGCCCGGCACCUCCGACGAGCACCUCUCGCUGGUGGGCUACCUGGCCGCCGCCGGGCUGGACGGCGCCGUCCUGGUCAGCACGCCGCAGGAGGUGGCGCUGCAGGACGUCCGCAAGCAGGUCAGCUUCUGCCGCAAGGUCCACCUGCCCAUCCUCGGCGUCGUGGAGAACAUGAGCCGCUUCGUCUGCCCCAAGUGCAAGAUGGAUUCGGUGAUUUUUCCGGCCAGUAGCGGCGGUGUGGAGAAGCUGUGCGAGGAAGCCGGUUUGACAUUCCUGGGAAGGGUGCCGCUCGAUCCAGCCAUCGGCCGUUGUUGCGAUGAAGGACGGAAUUUCAUCGAGGAUCUGCCGGACAGUCCCAGCACGCGCGCCCUCCUGCAAAUCGCCACCAAAAUCGAGAACAUCUGCGAGGAGAAAGCCGGGGAGUAAUUGGCGGAUGGACCACCGACCACAAGCGAUCAUUCCACUAGUAUUAUAGAACCGAAAUAUGUUUUAUUUUGUCAAAAAAACUGGUGAUACCUGGCCUUUCAUCUAGCGUUUCCUUCCAGUGAUUUUUAUCGCGAAUGUUUGGCUUCCUGUUAGUUUAUAAGGUGCUCAUUGAAUUUUCUUAUUGGAAUUGUUCUGUGCUUGUUUCUUACAAACUGUAAAUGCAAUAAAAAUCUGCCAGAUC